ACAUACCAAGUCUUCUCUGAGCGGAACGAGAGCCAACAAUCCCAACAUCGUCAAGCCCAACCUCCCUGUUGCAACUAGCCGCACACUUAGCAGAGAAAGAGCUGAUAUACGGAGGCGACACUGAGAACCAGAUGACCCACACCCACCAAAAGACGAUGUGCUUGCAUCAACAGAUGACUGGCGCCAUCUGACGAUGCACUCAAGUUAACAGAACACAAAGGGUAAUUAAUUAUAUAAAUGGACGCUGUUGUUUCUCUCUCUCUCUCUCACGGGAGACAACAACCACAGCACCUAAAGUGAAUAACGGAAAAAACAAUUAUCGAACGCCCAAAACACAAUCCCCGCCACCACCGGAAUAUCUUCACUAUGACAGUAAGGCCAGCCCUUCGUUCUGAACACUUUUAUUCGGAUUUCUGGUGAAAUGCAGGCCACUAAUUCUCGACCGUAGCAUUGGCAUUUACAGAGUACCGGGCAGUUUGUUGAAUAUAUCCAAAAGUUCACUUCAAAAGACUCCAUCCUGGAGCCACCAAUUCUGUCUGGAUUUUAGAUGCAUUUUCCCUUGGCACAAAAUCAGUCCCAGUUCAAUAGGGUGACUUUGUGGGCGUCGCUUUACACAAUCAAUUGAAAAACAACGUCUUGAGUUGUGCGCUUCAAGCUUUGACCAUUCUCAUGUCUCGUCAUUGAAAACCCCUCACAAUGAGCUCAGAUUAACGUAUUCAACAUAGACCCUUCACAAACACAGCAACACGCGUUGGUAAUGCCCUCUGUGUGAGUCGGCUGUGAAAGGUGCGGGAGGGGAGGUGUCCCAAGUGAGCCACGCACAUACUCGUCUUCUCCGAGAGGACUCGACGAUCGGAGACUCAAAGCGUGCGUGACCCGGCGAGGUCUGCUCACUCACGAGAUGGUCACUUGAGGUCAGUGUGAUAGUCCUGCUGUGUCAGUCGACGACUCCGGACCAGCACAGCUGAGCACCGACCAAGAGCUGACACGCGUUGGGGUUCAAAACUUCGUGUUUUGGAGCAUAUUCGCAAAGUGCGCCCAAGUACUUUAUCAUAUUUCUUGAGGUGGACUAAAAUGAAAGAAUGUGCUUCAGAAAACAAACAAGUUUCCGAGCAGGGAAACAAUUCCUUGGAAAUUAAAUAAUUAUCAACAUAAAUUCAACUUGCUAAUUGGAACAAAUUCUCAAGGACUUUGCUUGAUAUUCACAGUGUCGAAUAAAAAAUCCCCAACUUCACUAGAGACCUCCUUAGAAAUCGUUUGUUCCGACAUACAAAACGCGUGAUCUCAAACCGUGUGUCUGGACAACGAGCCGAUUGUUUCAAACUUCGUUUGAUUUCCCUCGUUUGAUACGGAAGUAGUCACCAAUAUUUGCCGACAGCCUACACCAACUUCCUGCAAUCAUCACGGAACCGGAAGUGAUGUGUAAGCACCAUCCGCCCCAGCAGCAGCCAUGACACUCUCGUGGGCGUGGCUUGUGCUGGUGGUCGCCAUAACAACGGCGUCCACCACAUCACAGCUGCCCGGGGUCGAGGCCAUCCACUUGUACGCGGACGAACGUGGGUUCAGAGGCGGCAACAUCCCUGGCAACAACGACGUCUACUACAGCAGCAACAACAACGUAGCGGUCAGCGACCAGGCAGGCACAGACACUUGUCCUCAGAAAUGUCGGUGCGGGACAGAAGGUUUGCUACCACCGAGGCCUGGACAGGCCCCGUACCCCUUUACAGUCAACUGCACAGGGCAGGGUCUGAUGUCAUGGCCAUCGGGGGUGUGGCCAGACACUGAAGUCCUCGAGCUCUCCCACAACAAACUACAGUCCCUGGAGGCCCUCACCGGACCCCCGCACCUCAACCGCCUCCGGAAGCUGGACCUCAGCCACAACUGGCUCGGACAUCUGGACAACGCCUGGCUUUUUGAACACGUGGCAGCGCUGAGGGACCUCAGCCUCUCCGACAACGGGCUACGCAUGAUUCAGCACGGCAGCUUCAACGGCCUGAGGGAGCUUCGAACUCUGGACCUCUCCCGGAACCUGGUGCGCACCAUCGAGCUGCACGCCUUUGCCGGGCUCACGCAGCUACAAGUCCUACGCCUGGACAGGAACGACCUGUACCAAGUGAAGCGAGAGUGGUUCAUGGGCCUCACCUCGCUCACCUCCCUGUACCUGAACGACAACCACAUCGCUGACCUAGAGGUCAACCUCUUCGACCGCCUCUCCCACCUCCAACACCUAGACUUGUCCGACAAUGCUUUGAGGGCCGUCCCCAACACCGCCCUCACCGGACUAACAAACCUACGCCUGCUCAACCUCUCGGGGAAUUUCCAGCUCCGCGAAGUGCCCGGCGUGGGAGAUCCACAGCUCCGCGAAGUAGCCAUGACAAUAUAUUCCGGUAACGCCUCUACCGAAGGGGAAUCCCCUAACAACGGGAAAACUAACAUAAACACCCCAACUUCCUUCACAUCACCCUCCCUUUCUCCCCCCUCGUCUUCCAGCGGAGAGCUCUCCCACCUCCCAGCGCUGAGCAUCUUACUGAUGGACGGCAUCGCCCCCUCGCGCCUCCCGUCCCUGUCGGUGAGCGGACUGCGCGUGGCGGAGCUGUCCAUGAGCUUCCUGCCGCGCCUGCGCGUGGUGGACAAGUGGGCGUUCCGGAACCUCAGCAACCUGCACACGCUCCAGCUCCACGACAACCCGCGCCUGGUGUUCCUGCACCCCGACGCCUUCUCCGGCCUGCCCGCGCUGCGCCACCUGCACCUGCACAACAACGCGCUGAUGGCGCUGUCCCAGCGCGUGCCCGCCUCGCUGCCGUCGCUGACGGACCUGCAGCUGCACCACAACCCGCUGCACUGCGACUGCAACAUCUACUGGCUCCGGCAGGAGCUGGGACUCACCCUACAGCAUCAUCAUCACUCUCAGCUUCGCCAACCAAAUACCGACAGCAGUAUUGAAAACAACAACAGUAGCAUCAGCAACGGUGGCAGCGGCAUUGGUGCGGACAAUAGCAACAACAGCAGCAGCAGUAAUAGUGGUAGCAGCAACAGUGGUGACGUUAACUCUAAUCUAAACGCGCCGUCAUCAGCAAAUUCUUCUUUCUCCUUAUCACAACCGUCACCAUCACCAUCAUUAUCAUCAUCGCCACCAUCACGUGCAUCGACACCGUCGUCAACAUCUGCAUACGUCCCCCUUUCAAAUAAUAAACCUUCCACGCUGUCACUGGCAGAACUUUCAUCCAAACUUUCAGAACUGGCCUCUGGGCUGUCCUCAUUGUACACAUCACCAACGUCGUCUUCAUCUUCAUCUUCAUCAGAUCAUAUUGUCCCGGCGCCCACCAAUGCUUCAUCCAGCUCCAACAUUCUCGGAUCUCGCAACAUCACGCUAAACAACUCUUCAAAUAAGUCUACUGUUACAAGCAGCAGCAACAGCAACAGCAUUACCACUAGCAACAGCAGCGCCGCCUUGGGCCGGCAUGUGACUGUGAUCAGCGAGCCAGGCCGCGUGGCGUGCUAUUUCCCCAGCGGCGGAGCGCCCAUCCCUCUUCAACAGCUGCCCUUGCAGUACUUCCCUCCCACCUGUCCGCCCGUCGCCCUCGCGCUUUUCCCCGCCACCCUCAACCUCAGCCUGGGCGCAGAACUUUGGCUCGAGUGCCACGGGUUGGGGGUUCCAACCCCGUCGGUGUCCUGGAUCCUGCCCGGUGGAUACGAGAUCAACGCCACCUCCACGCCGAAAUGGCCGGAUGGAAGCGGCAAAACCACGCCGGCGUCGUCAGUGCGCGUUGUUGGGGAGACACGUCUACAUAUCGCGGCGUUAACGCUGGCGGACAGCGGACCUUACGGCUGCCGUGCGUCCAACGCGGUAGGGGAUGACUUCAGCUCUACUGUGGUUCUAGUGCUCAAUAAACCCCUGCGUUUGGUACAGGUGGAGGUGGGUGGCGAUCACAUCACCGUGUCGUGGCGCGGCUCGAUACCGCGCCCACAGAUGUCGCAAUUUCAGCUAGUCUAUAGGAGCCUGCGACCAUCCGCUAUCGAGGCGGAAAACGCGCGGCAAGAUGACGCUACCUUGAAGGACGGCGGAAAGAGCGGCGGAGAAGAGGAAGACGGCUCGGCCGAGGUGUCGGGUUACCGGGUCGUCUUCCUACACGGCUCCAUACACAAAUGCACCAUCACGGGACUUGAACCGCGAACCACUUACGAGGUAUGCUUGGUGUACCGGCGCAACCAGCCCGUGCACUGCCAGAACUACACCACGACGACGGAAAUUCGCCGCGUGGCCGCGCCGGCGGGCGGUAUUGUGCGCGUGUCCGGCUCACAGAUCGCCGUGGGCAUGGCGUGCGUUUUGGGCUUCGCUCUGCUGGUGGUGAGCGUGGCUCUUGUGCGGAAGUUGCGUCACCGGAAGGACUACCGUGACCCCCUGGCGGAGGAGGAGAAGGCAGCCAUACCGCUAGAAGGACUGGCCCCAAACGCCCCCAGCACACCGCUCACCUCCUCCAGAACAGCGCUGCUCACGAAUUCGCAGACGUAGCAGCAGACCCGAAAGAACCAUACUGUCACAGACUGCUCUUACACACACAAACAAACACACACACACACACACACACACACACACACACAUGCGUGCACACACACGCGCUCACACACACACCAGCUUUACAGACUAGCUUUUUGCGCAUAUUUUGGCGGAACGGUCGUUACACAACCAUACACAUGAAUCAACACACA